AUGGAUGGGAUAUCCGAAAAGCUGCAACAGUUCGGCGAUGUUACGAGCGGCCAGGAGGAACAAGAAGACCAAAUUAUCGAAGAUAUCACCAACGACGGUACCCGCGCUAGGAGGCAAGCUCUUCGAGACCCAAAGUACCCUGGUAUGAGAUGGCAUGAAGGUGUCAAAUACUUCUUCGAUUCAAGUGCCAGUCCACAAGUGAAAAGUGUCUUCAAGAAAGCGGCAGCCCAAUGGAUGGCUGACACUUGCAUCGAUUUCAAAGAAGACGAAUCCGCAGAGGAUAGCAUUCGUGUGUACAUGGAGGACGGAUGUUGGUCGUAUGUCGGCAGACUCGGAGGCAUACAGAACCUUUCACUUGGCAAAGGCUGUGAAACGGUGAGGGCUAAAAACCCUGACACUCAGUGA